CUGGAUAUGUGAAAUCUUCCCUUCAUAUUUUUUCCCUGUCAAUUGUGUUAAAAACCAUAAGAACUGCACAGACACCCGAUGCUAGGAUUUGUACAGCUCUCUGAUCCUUGCUUUUUGUUCCAAUAAAUCUCCCAAUUCUGAUCUUCUCUCUCGUCGUCCUAAGCUCAUUCUCCUGUGCCGGCCAAGCUUUCGAUGGAGUGCGGGAUCAAGGAGAAGAAGUUUCGAAUGUAGAGCGCGAGGAGCAGCAGCAGAGAGGAUAAAGAUCAUAGAUUUGUUGAAGAGAAAGAGAUUGAGAGAUGUCCGUGGAUGAGCCGCCGCAGGGCUCGAAGAAAGCCCUAAGUUAUAGCCCCUCGCGGAGCCCGGCAAGCAUGAGGUUUUAUGGUGUUCUGGCGCAGAAGCAGCGGAAACCCUCGUCAGUCUCUAAAAGGCCGCCGGAGCCGCUUCGGCGAGCGGUGGCGGAUUGCCUAUCGUCUACCGUUCCUAACCUCCACGGCAAUCCAUCCUUGUUUUCCUCUGAAGCCGCCAGGAUUCUUCGGGAUUUUCUAGCUAACCCCGCAACUGUUGAUAUGGCUUACAAUGUACUCUUAGAGCAUGCACUUGCUGAGAGAGAUCGAAGCCCGGCAGUAGUCCCACGCUGCAUCACAUUUCUAAAACACUAUCUACUGCGAUAUACGCCAAAGGCACAAAUGUUACGGCAGAUUGAUCGUUUUUGUGAGAAUUGUAUUUUUGAGUGUGAAUCUAUUACUAAACAACGAGUAUCAUUGUGGUCUAUGGCAUUAAGCCAAAAUUCUAGGACAGCUUCCAACGUUUUACCAACAUUUCUUCCUGCGUCCAGUUUUGCUUUAGCUUCUCUUGUAAAAUCCUUGAAUUAUGUGCGCUCCUUAGUGCAACAGCAGCUUCCUAAAUUAUUCAUUCAACCAUUAGGGACGUCUGGACCUUCAACUUAUGGGAAACAAUCACUUCCUUCUCUAUCAUCAUUCUUGACUAAAUCCCUUACUUCCCAUCAAAACUCCGAAGUUGUUACUAGCACAGAUUCUCCACAAAGAAAUCAAAGUUCUUUACAAUCUUUGUUGAAAGUUUCAAACCUUGAUGGGUUUGAUGCUGGUAGUAGUGACAAGUACAUUUACUCUGACCUCCUUUCAUGGAGAUUUUCUGGCGAUAGAGAACACCAAUCACCAUAUUUGAUUAGAGAAAGUUCUUUAAAGGCCCAUGAUCUCCAUACACAUGGGUUUAUUGAAGUAGGGGCUGCAGCUCUUCUUAUUGGAAGCAAGGAGGCAAAGAUAAGUGAGAAAUCAUUGAAAUAUCCUGUUUCUCAAAAUUUACCCGACGUUGGACAGCUUUUGAGGCCUUUAUCAGCCACAGAAGCUACAAAUUUUGGUUCAGUCGAUAGCCAUCUUAAGGAAAUAGCUGCCUCUAAGCGUAUGAAAGGUGGUCCUCAACAAGUCUGGGAAAAGGUAUCCACGGGCACAUUCCAUCCGCGAGCGCACCCUCUUUUUCAGUACAGGCAUUACAGUGAGCAGCAGCCCCUGCGGUUAAAUCCUGCUGAAAUUAGUGAAGUCAUUGCUGAAGCUUGCUCAGAAACGUCUUUGACGGCUGUUAAUUUGACUAUAUCAUCUCCUCUGGCUAAGCAUAACGCACGGCCUGUUGCAGAAGUUGCAAUUAGCGUCCUCAUAAAACUUGUUAUUGACAUGUAUGUGAUGGAUUGUGCAUCUGCUGCUCCUCUUACUCUUUUAAUGCUAGAGGAUAUGCUUACUUCUCAAACAGUGGCUUCUAGGAUCCGGGUUUUUGAUUUAAUUCUAAACCUUGGUGUUCAUGCUCAUUUGUUGGAGCCUGUAGUGGAUGAUACUCCUGCAAUUGUAGAAGAGGAUGUUCGAGAAGAGCCUUGCUUAAACAAUGAAGAUCAAGGAGUGGAGGGAAAUGUCAAUGCUGAAGUUAGCAUCCAGCAAAAAAUGGCUUCAGCCGUUGAAAACUUUGAGCAGUGGCUUUUAACCAUUCUAUUUGAGGUUCUUCAUCUUCUUGUGCAGACAGAAGAAAAGGAGGAAAUUGUCUGGGCGUCGGCUUUAAGCAGUUUAUUUUACUUCAUCUGUGACAGAGGAAAAAUUUUGAGAAGCCGGUUGGAUGGCCUUGACAUAAGAGUCAUUAAGGUUCUUCUUGAAAUUAGCAGAGAGCAUUCAUGGGCAGAAAUUGUUCACAAAAAGCUUAUUUGUAUGUUAACAAAUAUGUUAUACCAGUCUUUAGAUGGAACUCAAGACGCUCUAAUUGAUACUCACACACUGCUUGUGGAACAACUUGCUCUUCUUGGAGGGAUUGACUUCAUCUGCCUGGAGUAUUCACAGGCCAAAUCAAAGGAGGAAAAGAGAAAUCUCUUCUUGGUCUUAUUUGAUUAUGCGCUACACCAGAUAAAUGAGGCACGCUUAAUUUCUGGAGCUUCUGCUUAUGCUUUUGAUGAGGUUCAGGCAGUUUCUUCUAUGCUUAUUCUUGCAGAUGCCCCUGAAGCAUUUUAUAUUGUUGUUAAGCAUGGCGUGGACGGUAUUGGACAGAUUUUAAUGAAGUCAAUUUCCGGAGCCUUAUCUAGAUCACCAAAUCAUGGGCAUCUUGAUCUGAUCACAGAAAAAAUCAUCUCGGAACUUGAUGACACCCUAGGUGCAUUCACUCAUCUUGACAAUGAGUUCGCUGAUAUGAUGCAACUGACGAAAUCUUACCAGUCAAGUUCUGCUUUAGAUGAGCUUGGAGUAGCAGAGAUUGGCUUGAGAAGUAGGCUUUCUUGGGUAACAUUGCAUUCUCUCCUUCAUGCAGAACGAGCAGCAUAUCGUCAUCAUGGAUAUAUAUGGCUAGUUGAACUGCUAAUCUUAGAAAUCGGCAAGGUAAAAGGCAGGAGCAUAUGGGCUAAUAUUGAGAUUUUUAAGAAGCAUUUUAUAGAUGCUGGAAACCAGGAUAUAACUUCUUCAACAGCUCCGUUGUCUAUAAUUAUCAUGUGUGGCCUUCUGAAGUCAAAACAUAAUUUCAUCCGAAAGGGUUUUCUUUUUGUCUUGGAAAGGUUUUUAAUGCAUUGCAAAUUACGUUUGGAUGAAGAUCAGUUGCAGAGCAUAAACCAUAAUGACAAAAUUGCUGAUCAAAAUCAAAUCCGACUUCAGAAAGCAUAUGCUGUUAUAGAUGUAAUGAGUUGCGCUUUAUCACUGGUAGUUCUAAUAAAUGAGACUGACCAUCUCAAUAUCUUGAAGAUGUGCGAUAUUCUGUUUUCUCAAUUAUGUCUGAGACUGCCUGCUGCAAAUGAAACUCAAAAAGGUGACUCAGACUUCCCCCGAAGUUUGUCAAAACCAGGAAACAUUAAAAUUGACAGGUCUUCAGGAAGCAUCUGCUCUAGUCAAGAUUUCACCUUUAAUCAUGAGACCGAAUCAAUGGCUGCCCUUGUUUUACGUGGACAUGCUAUUGUUCCCAUGCAGCUGGUUGCCCGAGUUCCUCCAUCCUUGUUCGACUGGCCAUUAAUACAACUUGCUGGAGCAGUAACAGAUGACAUUGCACUCGGUGUUGCAGUUGGCAGUGAGGGCAGAGCAAAUCUUCCUGGUGCUACAUCAGACAUUCGUGCCGCCCUUCUCCUUCUUCUGAUUGGUAAAUGUUCGGCUGAUUCUGCAGCAUUUAGAGAGGUUGACGGUGAAGAGUUCUUCAGGGGACUUCUGGAAGAUCCAGACUCUAGAGUUGCAUAUUGUUCUGCAGCAUUUCUUCUGAAGAGAAUGAUGACUGAAGAGCCUGAAAACUACCAGCGCUUGCUUCAGUCUCUCAUAAUCAAGGCACAGCAGUGUAACAAUGAAAAGUUGCUGGAGAACCCUUACCUCCAAAUGCGUGGCAUCCUUCAGCUAAUGAACGAACCUGUAGGGUAGAUCUGAUUUUGCUACAAUGAAGAGCUUUGCUAAACUGGCUGAAAUUCAAGUUUGGCUUCUCGUUAUUUGAUGAUGAAUGCCGAGCACUGUGAUAUGACUAUUUGAGAAGCAUGGCGAGUGGCAGGGUCUAAAAUAAACUUGUAAAUUACUAAUUGGCUGGACGGAUGCUGCGCAGCAGAAGUACAGCAUGUAUAGCUGGGCGUGUUAGUCAUUUUAUUCGUUGAUUUAUUUGAUCGUUUUCUCCUACCAGUUGCAGUCAAAACAAAGAAUCAUUAUUUUAUGUAAUAUAUUCAUUUCUCAGGUUAGUCAUUGGCAUGUGAAGAUGGGGUUGAAACCGACAUCCUCAGUCCUCACUGCCUCUCCAAUUUUGUAAUGUGAUGAGGAUAACAAACGAGGUCCAGGUGAGUUUUUUUUUUUUUCUUUUUUUAUCUUUUUUUUAAUUGAGGCAACCUCGUUAUAAUAAUUACUAUAUUGUGUAUUUCUUUAUUUUGCAUUUUCACUUAUAAUUUGGUAAACUAUGAGCUUGAAUUUUUUUCGUCAAGUAUUUAUUGUGUAUACCUGUAGAGCUUCACCAGUAAUAUUAUGACAUAUUUUUAACUUCAUUGACUGAAGGUUAUAUAGUGAAUAUGAAGGCUUUCUUUCUCUCA